GUUUAGGGUUCUUCCCAUUCACCGCCGAAAACUGUUGGGUUCUUUUUGUAUGUGGAUUCGAUAUAGAUCUACAUGUUCUUCUUCUCCGGCCACACAAACGGCGGCGAAUUGUGUUUCUCUCAAUCAGGUCUGACGGUUUCUCUCCUCUGGUGGUGGCAGUUUCUCUUCUCUACAUUCGUUAUAGAUCUUUUUUCUAAUCGCCGGCGUCACUGGUCCUAAGUCGGUUUAGGAUUGUUUUUCUCAUUUGCAUCGGUGGAUUCAGAGUUAAUUACACAAGUCUGUAGAAUGGCGUCUUCUAGUCAUACCCGCAGUUAUCCGCUUCGCUUGUAUGAAGAAGGAAAAUCACCGUUGCAAAAAAGGAGUAUGGCCCACAGCUGCUAUGUUUCUCAAAUUGGGAAGAUCAAAGACGGAUUAGGUGCAGAUGUGUGGGAUGAGUUGAAGAAAACUACACUUGGUCUUUUUAUAAAGUUUACUGAAAGUGGCUUUAUAUGGGCUGCCCAGACAGUUCAUUUCUUCCUCACCAAUCAGUUGCGAGUCGACAACAUACAUGAGAUGUGGUGUUUGAUUGAUCGCAGGCCAAUAAGAUUUUCUCUCUACGAGUUUGAGAACAUAACGGGCCUCAAUUGCGAUAUGUUUGACGAGUCUGACACUGGUGAAACUGAUUACAAAGAUUUCUGGAAUGAAAUGGGGGUAUCAAUGUCUGUUGGCCCAUUGUUUACAGAGUUGGAACGUGUCUUUGAGAUUAGCAAGACAUGGAGUUUGGAGAAGAGGAUGAUGGUUGGUAGAUUAUGUUUACUAUCUGUGGGAGUACAUGGGAUUCAUCACGGUUCUAGAGUCCCGUUGUCGAGUGCUAAAAGAGUGCUUGAUCCUGUUGCUUUUGAGAAGUAUCCUUGGGGUCGAGUGGCUUUUGACUCUCUAUCAAGGUCUGUGAAGAUUGUCAAGUAUGACGGAGAUUCUUAUGUGAUUCACGGUUGUGUUCAGACCUUGCUGGUGUGGAUAUAUGAGAGUGUGCCUGGAAUUGGAGAAGCUUGUGGGUUUAGAAAAACAAAUCUGACGGGUGUUCCGCUACUUGAUUGGAGAUCUUCUAGAAAACGUUUUAACUUCACCGCUUUCAUUGAAAAGGAGAAAGCUGCCCACGGACAGGUGCGUGUGAGGCAUAUGAUCCCUGUAUCUGAAGAAAACAUGUAUCCUCAAUGGAGUGACUCAGCUGAGAAUCAUGAUACGGCGCUUGACAACUUGCUUAAAGACAUCAUCCACAACCGUUUAAAAUCUCAUGCGUGGACACAUGUGGCAGCACGGCGUAAGAGGAAACAAAAUCAGGAAUCAUCAAACGAGGAUGGUGAGAGUAAAGUGAUUGAAUCAACGCCUGCAGAUGAUGUAUCUCAUAAGAAGCAAAGAACAGGGAAAGCUCAUAUAAAGGUUGAUGAAGAGGAGAAGACAAGCUUGCUGGAUAUUUGGAAUAUGUUGGAGAAAAUGAAUGUCACAAUUAGUGACAUGGACAAGAAUGCAAGCAGCAGAUUGGUUGGGUUGGAGAAGAAAGUUGCUUGCUUAGAAGCGAGUGUAAAAACAAGGUUUGAAGCUGUGGAGACUGAUAUGAGAGUUCUUAAAGAGUCUCAGCCCCCUGUAGUAUCCAAUGAAGCUGCCACAUCAAACAACAAUGAUGAAUAUGAGGCAAAUAGUAACCAAUGUUCUUGGAUUGUAGAGGAGAAGCCAGGUUCUGUUGAUGGGUUGCCUAUUCAAAGAGUGGUUAAGAAGACUGUUAAUUUGGUGAAGAACAAGGAAGCUGCUACAAAGGUCCUUACUAAGAAAAAAGUUGCAAAAUAUGAUAAGAAGAAGACAAUUGUCAAUGUAGAGAAGGUAGAAAAACCAAAACCUGAAAUGAAGAAGACAGUUGUGAAGGUAGAGAAGGUAGAUAGUCCAAAACCCUUGCAGAAGAAGUCUGUUGCAGCUCCAACAACAAAGACGUUUGAUGAUGAUGUUGUGGAUGUCACUGACAAGAUGGCUAAUAAGGCAACGGCUGAUGCAUUGAGAGCACUUCAAGAAGGACUAGAUAAUUUGGACGGUAUCACUAGUAAGAGGAGACGAGUGCCACAACUAGCGGGUUCUCAGAAAUAUCCGUAUGUAGGAAAUUCAACAGUGAAGCGCAUAAUCACUGAUGUACCAUCGUCUUCAUCGGUACCUGAACAUCUUCAACCUGUUUCUGAUGACCAAUUUGAUAGGCUGAAGGAUUGGCUCGAACCUGAUUUUGAAAAAGAAGGCCUGAACACCAACAACUUUAAUGCACGGUUCUAUUGGCAGAUAAUGACUCCAAGAAACGACUGGCCAACAGAAAGAUAUGGAUGGCUGAAAGACUAUCACAUGGGAGCUGCAAUGUCAUUGUUUCGCCGAAGAUUCAAUCGUGAUCCGUCAAAAUAUCCCAACCAGAGAAUAGCUUUUUUGGACCAAGAUUUGAUCUCUACAAUGCUCAAAGACUACAAACAGUUUCAACCAGAUUAUAGGUGCUUCAAAUUCAGGGAGUAUUAUGAGGAUCAAGUCAAUGGUACAGCUCACUGUGAAGCGGCGACAAACAAGAAAUGGUUUGUUGAUGUGGAUCACCUAUAUGCAUACCUCUUUGUCAACGGGAAUCAUUGGGUCGCUCUGGAUAUUGACUUGACAAAUAAACGGGUCAAUGUUUAUGAUAGCAUCCCGAGCUUGACUACGGAUACAGAAAUGGCGAUACAGUGCAUGUUUGUGAUGACAAUGAUUCCUGCCAUGUUGAGUUCAUUUAUACCGUCAAAGCAACGUAGGAGGAGCUACUCAAAGUUGGAGUGGAAGAGGAUUACGAAGAUCCCGGAGAAUCUUGACCCAGGUGAUUGUGCUAUCUACUCAAUAAAAUACAUCGAAUGCUUGGCGCUUGGCAAGUCCUUUGAUGGCUUGUGUGAUGAGAACAUGCAGUCCCUACGGACUAAACUUGCUGUGGAGAUGUUUGAGGAAAUAGGCGAGAAUGCUCGAACACUACACUCUAAGGUUCGUCGCAAGGCCUUCAAAUUCCCAAGCCUCAUGGAUGAGUAG